UGGUGUGUAUGUGCGCGCGCCAGUGCGCACUCCCGCCCCAGACCAGACCAACCCCCGAAAGCCGCGAGCGUGUGUGUGCGCGCGUGCGUGUGUGAGAGAGUGAGAGUGAGUGAGGCGGUCACUGAGAAGAGACGAGAGGAAAGAAGGAGAGGCGAUUUCUCGGAACAACAUGGCUACAAUUCCAACCUCGACCCGGUUUACGGACGAAUACCAGCUUUACGAAGAGCUCGGAAAGGGUGCCUUUUCUAUCGUCCGGCGAUGUGUGAAGAAAUCAACUGGGCAGGAAUACGCUGCUAAAAUUAUCAACACGAAGAAGCUGACAGCGAGAGAUCACCAGAAGUUGGAGCGAGAAGCCCGGAUUUGUCGUCUGCUCAAACACCCCAACAUAGUGCGGCUCCAUGACAGUAUCUCAGAGGAAGGCUUUCAUUACCUUGUCUUUGACCUUGUCACUGGUGGAGAGCUUUUUGAAGACAUUGUUGCUCGAGAGUAUUAUAGUGAAGCUGAUGCCAGUCACUGCAUUAAUCAGAUCCUGGAGAGCGUGAGCCACAUUCACCAGCAUGACAUUGUGCACAGGGACCUGAAGCCAGAGAACUUGCUGUUGGCCAGUAAGAUGAAGGGGGCAGCAGUAAAGCUGGCUGACUUUGGGCUGGCUAUUGAGGUGCAGGGAGAUCAGCAGGCAUGGUUUGGUUUUGCUGGCACCCCUGGCUAUCUUUCCCCUGAAGUUCUGAGGAAGGACCCAUAUGGGAAGCCUGUUGACAUCUGGGCAUGCGGUGUGAUCUUGUACAUUCUGCUGGUGGGCUACCCCCCAUUCUGGGAUGAGGACCAACACAAACUCUACCAACAGAUCAAAGCAGGAGCUUAUGAUUUCCCCUCUCCAGAGUGGGACACUGUUACUCCAGAGGCCAAAAAUCUCAUCAACCAGAUGCUGACCAUCAACCCGGCUAAAAGGAUAACGGCUGACCAGGCCCUCAAGCACCCAUGGGUUUGCCAACGCUCCACUGUGGCUUCCAUGAUGCAUCGCCAAGAGACUGUUGAGUGUCUGCGCAAAUUCAAUGCCAGGAGAAAGCUGAAGGGAGCCAUUCUGACCACCAUGCUUGUGUCUAGAAAUUUCUCUGUGGGCCGGCAGCACACGAGCCCCGCCGCCCCCACCACCAGCACGGCCGCGCUGGCACAGGAAGCAUGCAAAAGUUUAUUGAACAAAAAGUCGGAUGGAGUGAAGCCACAGACAAACAACAAUAAAAACAGUGUAGUAAGCAGCAGCACCAAAGACAGCAGCAUAUCAUCCACAGCACCAAUGGAACCACAGACUACUGUCAUGCACAACCCAGCCGACGGCGUCAAGGGGUCCCUGGAGAGUUGUAACACUACAGAAGAGGAGGACAUGAAAGGUAGGAAAGUUGUCAGGGUUAACAGUGACAGCGCAGUGUUCAGCCAGUGCAGUGCAUCUGAGGAGUCACUUCCUCCCCUGAUCCCGCCUCCUACACGCAAGCAAGAAAUCAUCAAAAUUACUGAGCAGCUGAUUGAGGCCAUCAACAACGGGGACUUUGAGGCCUAUACGAGAAUUUGUGAUCCUGGCUUAACCUCCUUUGAGCCGGAGGCACUGGGCAACCUAGUGGAAGGCAUGGACUUCCACAAGUUCUACUUUGAGAAUCUCUUGAGUAAGAAUAGCAAGCCAGUGCACACCACCAUCUUAAAUCCUCACGUACAUCUGAUCGGAGAGGAUGCAGCCUGCAUCGCUUACAUCCGCCUGACUCAGUACAUUGACAGCCAGGGCCGCCCGCGCAGCUGCCAGUCAGAGGAGACACGUGUGUGGCACCGCCGUGAUUCCAAGUGGCUUAAUGUGCACUUUCACUGCUCCGGAGCACCUGCUGCCCCUUUACAAUGAACGACACCAGGCACAGCUUGCCUGAUGAUUGGAGCAUGUCUUCUCAGUGGUCGGAUUGGUGCCAAGGGCCCGGCCGGAAGAGAAAACAAAAGGGGGAAAAAAUUCAAAGUAAAAAAAAAAAAAUUUAAAGCCAGCUGAGGCCAAGGACCACUUCAGUCCAACCGUAGCUAGAUGUGGGGGCCGGUGAUGGCAGCGGCCCCGCCCUCCGAAUGCUGCAUGCUUCUGAUGCCCACAGGGGGCGCUGUCUCGUCCUUUACCCAUGAGUCCAUCUCUUCUGCCCGUUGUUCAGCAAGAGUGUUUCAAGUAUUACUAUGUUGUACAUUUUUUUUUCAAUCCUCACACUGUUAACAGGGCUGAAAGUGAUGGAGGUUUAAAAUCAGGAAUGUGAGUUUUUAAGAGGAAGCCUGGUAUUCCAGUAGAUGGUGGGUUUUGUUUCUGGGUUGUUUUUUUUUUGUUUUCUUUUGUUUUCUUUUUUGUUAAUUUGUGUAUAGCUGAUUUCAGAAAACCAAUGGAAUGGGUGGGAUAUUUAAUGAGCUAAAUGAAAUUCUUACUUAAUAUCAAUAAAAUGUCACCAAAGUGUAGGAUUUAGACUUUGACAUGAAGUUGUUUUUAGCAAUCCUUUGAUUUGGUUAAAGAUUGGAGGAGUUUAGGAAUGUUUUUAGUAUCUUGUAGGGUUUUUUUUUGUGUAACUGUUUUUAAUCUCCUGAAUAAUUCUGUAUUUUCAAGUUAUUUGUGUUUUAAAAAAAGAAAAGAAAAAAAAGCAGAUUUUUAAAAGCAAGGCACGUUUAAUAUAGUUGUACACUGAUAAUUAUAAAAGGGAAGAAAGGAGCGAGGAUGUGUGCACGUGUGUGUGUGUGUGUGUGUGUGUGUGUGUGUGUGUGUGUGUGUGUGUGUGUGUGUGUGUGUGUGAGAUUCAGUCUCGCUUGGCACUCAUUGUGUCAUCAUGCUCUAAGAAGUCCUUGUAAAACACACACACACACAAACACGCACACGUUGGCACACCCUCACACGUGUUCAGUCAAUUUAUUACUCGUUUGUCUAUUUGAAGCUAUAUAAUAGAACCUGAAGUUUCAGAACACUCAACUUACUUUAUUAGUGUGUUCAUGAUCUCCUUCUGACCAGUAGGAGGAGCUUAAACACUAUUCACCUCAUCCUGGCUCUCAGACUGCUUCUUCUCUCUUACACAUUCGGAUCGGCUUCUUAGAGCUCCGGCUAUAUGUGCUUAUACUUUUUUAGACUAUUAUGAAGCAUGUUUGACUCGAAUAGAAAUGGCUUGUACUGUUUUGCACAUAAGCCAAAAACGCUGUGCUGUUGCGUUCACAUUGCGUGGACUUUUCUGCAACUUCAGGUUAGAAAAAAAAAAUCCCCCCAGGUUUCAGACAGACUCUGACACCAGUCUAUAGCUGUAAUACACUUCCUCCAUGCGUGUGUGUGUGUGUGUGUCUGCACACUGCCUGUGGUGUUCUGUCCGUGACGUACUUUGUUCUUCCACUCCCUGUUCUGUCUCCGGACUCACUGUGAGUGAUGCUCGAGCAUGUUUAAUAAAAGGGUAAGGGAGUAACCAGUGAUCAUGUGACUUAUCAGUUGACGAGAACAGAGAACGUGAUCAUGCUAAAGGCAGUUGGAUUGUAGGUCCCUUUGUGACACUUUGUGUUGUACUGUUCUAAUGUUAGUGUUCUUAGUGUUGAUGUUUAUUCUGGAUUCUAUAUUUUCUUAAACUGUAAAUACGUACACAGUGCCCAUUUGUAGACAGAGAUUAGAGCCUAGGCUGUGCCAGAUGUGCACGUCCUUCCCGUUCUGUCCAUCUUCCCUGUAUACACACCCUCAAACAUACUGCUAGACACACUCCAUCAUGCACUGGUAAACAGAAUCAUGUUGUAAAUGCAAAUUGUCACGUGUAGGUUUUGACUCUGGUGCGGCUAUGUUACUGCUCAGACACGGUGUGCUCCACUUCUGGGCGUAUCUGUGUGCGUGUAUCAGUGUGGCAACAUCCGUGUGACACUUUUUCACUGUAGUAAUGUAGUUGUAUAUGUGAAUAUCAGUGAUUUAAACAGGGGCAAGGCUUACAGCUAGAUCCCUUUACCUUGUUCAAAGCAAUUCUGCUUUUACAUCACACUUAGCAGACUGGGGAAAAAUAAAAGAGAAACCCCUUGUCCUCAGUCACUCAGAGCUAAACACACCAGGAAGUGCACAGAACUGUGACACCCGCCACCCCAUCACACACUGUGUUCAUGUUUUGCGCCCUGGUGCAGUGUGUGUGUGUGUGUACAGUUGCAGUGUGGUGAUGUUUUGGGUCUCUGUAGUGUCUGUUCUUCGGCCCAUCGUUGUGCGUCCACACAGCCGUGCAGAAUGUUUAUGUAAAACAACACAACCCGGGUUUAUUCCUUAUUUAAUAUAAAACCCAUCAAAAUUGAAAAGAGAAAUGGAUGACUGUGUUUCAGAAGUAGGAAAAGAUGCCUGUUAAGACAGUGUGUUUAGCUUGCAAGACGUGGGCGAGUUUUAAAGAGUAAAUUGAAAACCUGAAGCCGCUCACUUUUAACAACCACACCGUAUAUGCAGUCGGACAGAAGGAGGAAAAUAUGCAUGUCUACUCUGCUAGUUUUCACUGUCUGUGUUUACUUAAAAAUGGAAAAUCUAUCUAUCUAUCUAUCUAUAUGUAUGCUACCUGCAUUCUCGAGAUAAUUGAAAAUGGCUCUGUUUCAAAUGCUAAACGAAGUGAUGUAUCACAAACAAAAAAAAAGACAAAGCCUUACCUUGGUAUGUUCCCAGAUUCUCUUCAAUUUAUUGCAUUGUAACCAUAUGAUGGUUCUACAUAUGACUAUACUCUGAGUUUUUAAUUGGAUGCUGGAUUUUUUUUUUUUUGCAUGAUCAUACAAUUAUUAAAACCAUUUAAAAAUGAAAAAAAAAAAGUUAAAAAAAUAUCAAGUGUUUGUUUGAAUGUCUGUAGAUCUUCAUGAUAGCUUUGUUAUUAUUGAAACAUGGGAAAGUAUUUAAUAAAAACAUUUAAACACAA